UUUUACACCUAUUUUAGUAUUGGAUUAAUUAAAUUUUGCUUUCUUCCUUGAAAUGAAACAAAACAAAACAAAACAAUUGUUUUGUGGAAUUAAAUAAUAAUAAUGAUUUUAAGUACCACUACCACGAACACCAAGUGGCAUGGGUGUGGGUCGUUUUCCUCUUCUGAUAUCCUCCCAGUGCUUAAACCCAGGAAGAAAAUUGGUGUAAUAAAAGUAGGCAAUGAGAGUUACAGAAGAGAAUCAGAGUCAGAUGAGUUAAAUACAAAAAAAGCAAAUCUUUCAGCUUCAAGAAAGGAAAGGGUUCAGCUACCAAUAAUCCCAAAUUAUGAGGGUAAGAAAUUCCCUAUUGGUGAAUUUUUAAGUCAACCUUGUGCAAUUGAAGCCCUCCUCAAUACCAAUGCCUUAAAAAGUUUCCAAUGUCUUUCUCCUAACACUUACAGGUGCACUCUGCAAAGACUUAAACUUCUCAACUUUGAAGUAGCCCCAGUGCUGGAUUUGAGAGUAACUCCAACAAAUCAAGACUGUACUGUUGAAAUGCUUUCUUGUAAGUUUGAGGGUUCAAAAAUCAUGGAGCAACAAAACAACCAUUUUACAGCAUUCAUGAGAAAUCGCAUGUCAUGGGACACAAGUAGUGAUGAAGAUUCAUUUUUGGAGGUUGACAUCAAGUUGAAUCUCAUUCUUGAGAUAUACACACGCCCUUUUACGAUGAUGCCAGUAUCAACCGUUGAGCGUCCUGGAAAUUUAAUGCUACAAGCUUUAUUGGAUAGAUUGGUGCCAUUGCUCUUGCAACAACUGCUACAAGAUUAUAGUAAAUGGGUUCAUCAACAGUUGGAUUCUGUCUCCCCAAGUUAAUGCCUCUUUCUUCCAUUUUUCUGUACAAAUGAAUGAAUUUGAGCCUUUUGAGCUGUUCAUGUUUUUUUUUUUUUUUUUUUUGAAUGGAGCUGUUCAUGUUUUAGUAGAGAGUCAUUCUUAAAACUGCAAGACAAUUAUAUUCUAUUAAAAAAAACUCUUAUCUUGCCAUGUUGUAUUAUGUUUCAAUCUCGUGUUUAAGGGAAAUUUGAGCAAAUAUGUAUCCCAACAAA